GGGCCGGCGGCGCCUGACAGCCCGCGGCUGCUGCCCGCCGAAGACACUUCCUUGCAGCGAGCACAUCCUGCGGCGGCCAGGCGGCGAAAUCUUCUGUUCCUUAAUCAAAGAACCUUCCAGAAAAGUCAUUCCAUGGAACUGAAAUAUUGAUGAAUUAGUCUGGGUAAAGGACUAUAAAAUGGAGCCAAUUACAUUCAAAGUUAAAAAUUACCAAAUACCGAAUGAUUUCUCAGCAAGUUUCAGUCUCCAGCUUGUUGGUUCUCUGCCAGUGCAUUCCCUAACCACCAUGUCAAUGCUGCCGUGGAUUGUGGCAGAGAUCCGGAUGCUCAGUGCAAAGUCUUCCAAAGAAGAACCUAGCGUCAGCCAAAUCCGACUGUAUGUUUCACCAGCGAGUUUGCGAUGUGAACCAGACACUGGGAAAAUCCAGCAGUGGGACCCUUUGAUUUAUUCAGGUUUGUUCGAACACAAGCCACAGCAUGUCCACAAACUGAUACACAACAGCCACGAUCCAAGCUACUUUGCUUGUCUGAUAAAGGAUGGAGCAGCAAAUCAGCAAAGUAUCUGCUAUGUAUUUAAAGCUGAUGAUCAGACAAAAGUGCCUGAGAUUAUAAGCUCUAUUCGACAAGCUGGAAAAAUUGCUCGUCAGGAAGAGUUUCAGAAUAAUCUCUCGGAUGUCGAAGACCCUUUUGCCAAAAAGUUUGAGGUGCUGUUCUGUGGACGGGUGACAGUAGCACAUAAAAACGCACCUCCAGCACUCAUAGAUGAAUGCAUUGAGAAAUUUAAUCGUGCAAGUUGUGCAAAAAAAUCAGAUUGCAACUCGUCGUCCCACCAACAUGAAACUGCCAAUAGCUUUGGAGGCUUCUCUUUCAGUGACAAAUUUCGGUCUGUCUUCCAGCCCUUGGUCAGCGAAGAAGAGGAGAAAAGGCCAAUUCGGAAAUCCUUUUCCCAGCCUGGGCUGCGUUCCUUUGCUUUUAAGAAGGAUUUGCAAGAGGGAAGCCAGAGGAGUAGCAGCUUUGUCAGGUCUUUUGAAGAAGAUGCCAUUUCACUGAACCUAAAAAGUCAACUUAUCUACGGACACAGUGUUGUGCAGCCAACAGACAUUGCAGAAAACCGGACAAUGUUGUUUACGAUUGGCCAGUCUGAAGUUUACCUUAUCAGUCCUGACACAAAAAAAGUAGCAAUUGAAAAAAGCUUUAAAGAAAUAUCCUUUUGUUCUCAGGGAAUUAGACAUGUGGAUCACUUUGGGUUCAUCUGCAGAGAGUCUUCAGAAAAUGGAGGCUUCCACUUUGUUUGCUACGUGUUUCAGUGUACAGAUGAAGCACUGGUUGAUGAAAUCAUGAUGACAUUGAAACAGGCUUUCACCGUAGCUGCUGUGCAACAAACUUCCAAGGCACAGCCCCAGCUCUGUGAAGGAUGUCCUAUGCAAAGCUUGCAUAAACUCUGUGAAAAGAUAGAAGGGUUACACCCUUCUAAGACUAAACUAGAACUACAAAAGCAUCUAACAACACUAAAUAACCAGGAGCAGGCCUCUGUUUUUGAAGAGGUUAAGAAAUUAAGACCAAGCAAUGAUCAAAAAGAGAAUGAGUUGGUUAUCUCUGUUUUGAGAAACAUGUAUGAAGAAAAACAGAAGGACCAUGUCCAUGUUGGAGAAGCAAAACAGACUUCACAACCCCCUACUGAGAAUGCUGUAAAUGAAGUGUCCAGCAGUGCUUCGAGAUUCAGAUUAGAUAUGUUAAAGAACAAAGCAAAAAGGUCUCUGACAGAAUCAUUUGAAAGCAUUUUGUCACGUGGCAGUAAAGCCAAAGGUCCUCCGGACAGUGCUGGUGCUGUGGAUUUGGACAGCUCCAUGUCCAGUUCCUUAAGCAGCACAAGUAAAGAAGCACCAUUGUGUGAAAAGGAGAAAGACAGACUUCCUGCGCUUCCUACAGAAAACGCUGUCAAGACCAGUGGAUCAGUGGGUGAUCUCUCCAGCGAUGCAGAUGAUUCUCCAGUUGAGCAGUCUGUUACGUUACCUCAACAAAGCUUUCGGAGGCGAGCAAACACACUGAGUCAUUUGCCAACAGAAAGCCAGGAAUCUCUGGUACCUGUUGAAACAUCGCCAUCUGUUCCCCAGAGGAAACUUAUGAGGUAUCACUCAGUGAGCACAGAGACUCCUCACAAAAGAAAUUCUUCUGGUCAACUUGCGCGUUCUCCUACUCUAGCUCGUCUUAAUCCUUCGGCCUCUUCGCCCAACUUCUUUAAAUAUCUAAGGCAUAAUUCAAGCGGAGAACAAAGUGGGCAUUUUGCACAAAAGAGCAUCUCCUACCGUACUGCCUUAAGGAAAAAGCUUCAUUCUUCUUCUUCUGUGCCAAAUUUCUUAAAAUUUCUGGCUCCUGUAGAUGAAAAUAACACCUCUGACUUUAGGAGCACAAGCGACUACGAAUCCAAACAUAGCCAGCAGGCCAUUGGUGAGGACAGCCCUGUAAGGACUCGACGGCAUUCAUGGAGGCAACAGAUAUUCCUGCGAGUGGCAACCCCUCAGAAAGCAUGUGAUUCUCCCAGCCGAUAUGAUGAUUACUCUGAACUGGGAGAACUUCCACCCAGAUCCCCAUUGGAACCAGUGUGUGAAGAUGGCCCUUUCGGGCCAGUGAAAGAAGAAAGGAAACGGACACCCCGUGAGCUUCGCGAGUUGUGGAAGAAAGCUAUUAUUCAGCAGAUACUGCUUCUUAGAAUGGAGAAAGAAAACCAGAAGUUACAAGCUUCAGAAAACAAUUUGCAGAACAGACGUCUGAAACUUGACUAUGAAGAAAUCACACCAUGCUUAAAAGAGGUAACUUUGAUUUGGGAAAAAAUGCUGAGUACACCUGGAAGGUCAAAGAUUAAAUUUGAUGUGGAAAAAAUACACUCUGCUGUUGGGCAAGGAGUACCACGUCACCACCGUGGGGAGAUCUGGAAGUUUCUAGCAGAGCAAUACCAUCUGAAACAUCAGUUUCCCAGUAAACAACAACCAAAGGACACACCUUAUAAAGAACUCCUAAAACAACUAACUUCCCAACAACAUGCAAUACUUAUUGAUCUAGGGCGCACAUUUCCAACACAUCCGUACUUCUCAGCACAGCUGGGAGCUGGGCAGCUGUCACUCUACAAUAUUUUGAAGGCUUAUUCACUUCUGGACCAAGAAGUAGGAUAUUGCCAGGGCCUUAGUUUUGUAGCAGGGGUCUUAUUACUUCAUAUGAGUGAAGAAGAUGCUUUUAAAAUGCUGAAGUUUCUCAUGUUUGAUGUGGGCCUGAGAAAACAAUAUCGUCCUGACAUGACAAUUUUACAGAUCCAGAUGUAUCAACUGUCUCGACUUCUUCAUGACUACCAUCGAGAUCUCUAUAACCACCUAGAGGAACAUGAGAUUGGCCCCAGCCUCUAUGCUGCUCCCUGGUUUCUCACUAUGUUUGCCUCCCAGUUUCCCCUUGGAUUUGUAGCCAGAGUGUUUGAUAUGCUCUUUCUUCAAGGAUCAGAGGCUAUAUUUAAAGUGGCUUUAAGCCUUUUGGGAAGCCACAAGCCCUUGAUUCUGCAGCAUGAGAACCUAGAAACUAUUGUUGAUUUUAUUAAAAGCACUCUCCCCAACUUGGGUUUGGUACAGAUGGAAAAGACCAUUAGUCAGGUGUUUGAAAUGGAUAUUGCCAAGCAGUUGCAAGCUUAUGAAGUUGAAUAUCAUGUGCUUCAGGAUGAGCUUAUAGAUUCUUCUUUAAAUGACAAUCAGAGACUGGAUAAAUUAGAAAAGGCAAACAGUAGCUUGCGCAAACAAAACUUUGGUCUCCUGGAAGAACUGCAGGUGGCUAAUGGAAAGAUCCAAAACCUUGAAGCCACAGUAGAGCUUUUAUUGACCAAUGAAGGCAAAUUGAAGCAGUCCAUUCUCACUCUUGAGCAGGAGCGAGCAGCUUUGCUGAAAACAGUGGAAGAGAUGCAGAAAAAGAUUGGUGAUACAGAUGGGAAGCCUCUACUUACUAGACAAGAACACAUGGUUGCUGACUGACAUUCACAGUAGUAAUGGAGCAGAGAAGCUGAGCAAGAAACAAAGGGAAGAACUGGGUCUUUCUGUCAUGAUCCGUGGGGAUUUGACAUUAUUACUUUCAUUGUACAUGCCUUACUGUAGCAAAGCAAGGUACAGGCAUGGUGGCUUCCUGUAUCAGAGAAGCCGGUUUCUCAUGGAGAAGGCUCGCUCUUCCUAGUAUGCAGAAAUACAGUAAGAUGCCACAUAGUAAUAAACAGGAGAAACUUAAUAGCAUGUGCAGUCAUACACAAUACACUGUAAAGAUGUUACAGAUUUUUACUAAGUGCUUUUAAACUGAAGUGCUUUGUGUUUGUCACGGAUUUUGUUUGUGUGUAGAUCACCACCAUUGUUAAAUGCACAUCCUUUAGAAGGUCCAUUGAAGAAAUAUGGCAAUGUAAAGCCUUUGAAUGAAUGACUGCCCCAUUGCAGCUAUGCAGCGAUAACAUUUACAGAGAGUUUUGUGAUUGGACUGGAGAUAUUUUUGACAGAGUAAUUCCCCUACAGGUUGACUGGGUUCUGUUAAUUAUGUCAUUUACACUUCAGAAAACUGCUUCCUGAUGCUUGAAGGUGCCAAUCCAUUGGACUCCAGAGAGCUGGACUUCAUCAUAUGUAACUAUGCAUAACGGGGGGGCUGCCAUCUGUUUUUAUAAAUACACUUUUUGUUUAACAACCAUUAAUUUAGUAUAUUGUUGGCAUUAUCUGAUAAACAUACUGUAUAUAGUAACUGCAUUAUGCUUAAAAAAAAUACACUGACAUUGCUUUGGUGAAGCCUGUGACUUUUGCAACAUUAUCCAAGGAUUUAUAUUCAUACUCUACAAGUUUCAUCUUAUUUAUUUCUGAUCUGCUAUGUGAUGUAGGACAACAACUGGGAAACUAAUGCCCACUGUCAUGUUUUUUUCCCCUUUAUUUGGUACUCUGUGCCCACCCAUCCUUUGGAAAGUGGUAUUCUUUCAGACUUUCUGAAGUAGUGGAGGCAUUUCAAGAGCUUCAUGUUGUGCCAGAUAUGCUUAAACUGUUUUAUAAAGGGUAUGGCAUUCUUUUUACAAUGCAUCUUUCAAGUCAGAUUACAUAUGUAAAAACAAAUAUUUCUCACUUAAUACAAUGAAAGUAGUUUUCAGGCCAGUUAAAGCACCACUGCUACAAGUGCAAUAAUAUCCAUGGAUAUCCAUUUGUUUGGGUUUGCUUCAGAAUUAGGAAUAGUGUCAUAAUUUUGUCUGGUCCCCAAGCACAAAGGUAAUAGGCAUCUGUGUUUUGUUAUGGUGAAGAUUCAUUCAGGAGAUGUGAGGGGUUUUAUUUUCUAUUUUUUUCUGAAAUUGAUGUCUCUAUUUUUAGAAUUUCAAAGCACAUACAGUUUCCUCUGACUGGCAAUGUAGAAAAGGUUUUGGUUUACUUUUUCCUUUUCUCAUGCAAAUCUGCCUGACACAUUGUGGUUGUAGUUUAAUAGCAGACCUGUAACAUUCAUCUACUGUGCAGAACAAAUACCUCUAUGUAGGUCAAAAAGAAAAAAGAUAAUUUACUCUUCAAUUUCUAGAAGCUUUGUUUGACUCUGUUGUGUCUUAAAUAUGUCUGGUUCUUGCAAAUCCACUCUGUAUUCACUUAGAAUGGAAAUUCCAGAUAAAUCAAUUAUUAUUAACCUAUUUACCUCUUAGGCUUGGCUUUUUAUUUGGAAAUCAUAUUGAAGCUCAUGCUUCAUGUUUAAAACCUUGUCAUAAUGGACCUUAUACUGUUAGAGCACUCAGUAAUGUUGCAUUUUUACAGCAUAGUGCCAUAAUUCAUACGCUGACUUUUUAACAAGAGUAAUAAAUAUAAUAAUAAUCUAUGCCUACAUCUAUGUUUGCACAUUUUUUGACACGUAAAAACAAAAACAUGUAAUUGGUGAGGUGACAGUUCAGAACAGCGUAAGAUGAGACCUUCCCUGAAAGUACAGUACCAUCUACAGCGGCUAUUAAUGAAAACUCUUAGUCCUCAGACUCUUCUGAACAUGCUAAGGAUCCACCUGUGGUCUUGGGACCUGCAUCUGUGUAUGUUGAGCAAGGCGAAGUAUGUUCCACAUGACUCCAGGAAUGCAUUCCUUGUUGUGAUGUUUUGCUUCUCUGCCAGUGUAAGUGGAGGACUACUUCUAGUCCACAACCUUUUAUUGAGAAUUUGUGUAAUGCCAGAAGUAAGUGCAUUUAAAUGAGUACUAAAGUCACUGUUCUUAGAAUGUGGCAAAAAGAUAACGAGCAACAUUUUGCUUUUGUGACUAUAUCGAUGUAACUGUUUCAUUGUACCAGGGAGUGGAAUUUUUCUGCAGGUACAAACGCAUUUUCUAUUUGCACAUAUGCAAAUUAAUACAAUUCUGUUAAAUACGUAAAUGCCUGGCAAAGUGAGGGAUCGUGCUGUCCACCAGUCCAAGGUCUGAACAUGAACAAAAUAGCUGAUUUAGUCUUUCUGUUGCUUGCACUGAAGCAGAUACAUAGUAUGUUUCUUCAGUAUGUCUUUCGCCAUCUUGUGCCUCUCCAGUUCACGAGGCCAAAGUGGAAGAGUGUGGAGGAAGGUAAUGGCAUUUACCCCAUUCCCAACUUUGGAAAAUCUGUGGGCUUCUCCCUUCAGAAGUAUGAGAAAGAAGUAAUAGAGCCCAGAGCUAGUACCAGAUACUUGCAUCCUUCUCCAACUACAUUCUGUCGCUAACCAUCCUUAAGGAUGUGUAAAAUUAGAUCUCCUGUUGUCUGACUACCAGCAGUUGUCAUUCAUCACAUAUUGUCUUCCAUAGAACAGCAAUUUCAGAUUCAGAGAAUGUUCUAAAAAAACCCCUGCUAAUCCAUACACUGGUCCUCAGCAGGAAUCCCAAAUGAACCACUCCUGGAAAAUCCAAGUUGAAAUAAUCAACAUUUUCUCCAUCUCACUUCUAUAGAUAAAAAUCCUCAGGAGUGAUGCUUAGUUUUUGAAGCAAAGAAAAAACAGUGAAGAUGGAAGGAAGGAAGGAGCUCACUUGUAUGUGUAACCUCGGCUUCCAUAGGUUCAUGACAAAGGCAGCAAAAUGUGCAGUCUGAAUGUGCUAGUGAAUGACAUUGAUGCAGCAGUCUGGAGAGAGGUUAGCCUGAACUGUGGAAAGAGCCAAAGUUGGCAUGCACACCUAGAAAAAGGUAGCUCCGCUAAACCAUAGAACGGAACAGUACUGAAUAGCUGGAGGACUUGCUCUGGUGUGGUUCUGGUUUGUUUUUUCCAACCAGUGCAAGCAGUAGUUUGUGGUAGGUACUUGCAAUUCCCUGUGCUUCUGACUGUUUGGUGUACUUUUAUACUUUGCCCUGUUGUCCAUCCAGAGAUCAUUACUUAAUGCAGAAUGUGAGAAUGAUGACAUUGCCUAUCAUGUGAGAAGGUCAAAGCACUUCAAUAAAAGCACAUAUUAUAGGUC